AUGAUGUCUCUACACAGGCCGUGGCUCUCGGCUCGAAACUAUUGUCGCCAUUACGGCCGACAAGCUUUGCUUGCACGUGCUGGUCGACGGCGUUUUUCGACUUCCCAGAGAACGGGAUGCAUCUCAGCCCUGGGAAACGUCUCGGCUUUAAAGGAUAUACUGAGAAUAUCCGAAGAGGUUACUGACGCUCUGGCUACCAACAAACCUGUUGUGGCGCUCGAAACCACCAUUUAUACUCACGGCGCUCUAGGCAAUGAUCUGGACCUAGAGGGGAUCGUCCGGCGCAAUGGUGGUGUCCCUGCCGUCGUUGGCAUUCUCGGAGGCGUGCCCACGGUCGGCCUCCUGCCAGAGGAGGUGGCACGCAUGGUCGAGGGUUCGCCGAAGAAAGCCUCUAGGCGAGAUCUUGCCUAUAUUGUUGGCAUGGGGAUGGCGGGCAAGAAAAUCCACGGAGGCACUACGGUUGCGGGCACCAUGGUUCUGGCCAGGCUUGCUGGAAUUCGGGUCUUUGGCAGCGGCGGUCUCGGUGGUGUCCACCGGGGUGGGCACGAUUCACUCGACAUAUCUGCCGAUCUCACCGAACUUGGGCGAACUAGGAUGGCUGUUAUCUGCAGCGGUUGCAAAGGAUUCCUUGAUAUCCCUAGAACCUUGGAGUACCUGGAGACUCAGGGUGUGCUCGUAUCGACCUUCGUCGACGGUCGAACGGGUGCCGUGGACUUCCCAGCCUUUUGGGCGCGGGACAGCGGCAUAAAAAGUCCUUCUGUCGUGCAAGACGAGGAACAAGCAGCCGCCAUGAUCUUGGCCCAGGAGAGAUUGGGUAUUGAGUCGGGAAUUCUCUUCGCUAACCCGAUACCCGAGGAAUAUUCCAUCUCGAGGAGUGAGAUGGAUGGCGUUAUUGAACAGGCAGUCCGGGAAUCAACCGAGCAGGGUGCCCGCGGCAGCGACAAUACGCCUUUUAUUCUCAAGAGAAUUAGACAACUCACUGAUGGGCGCAGUGUGCCGGCGAACAAAGCCCUCGUGCAAGCAAAUGUUGAACGGGCCACUAAAAUAGCUGUCGCGCUUUCGCAGCUCACCGCGGGGGGUUCCGCUGCUUCUCAGGCUGAUAUCCUCGUCGCUGGUUCUGUGGCCGUAGACUUGAGCUGUGACUACGCUGGCGAAGACUCCCUAGAACAUCCGACUCCUCAUCUUCACACAUCGAACCCAGCGCAUAUCGGCCAAUCCGUCGGGGGCGUCGGCCACAACGUAGCGCUCGCUGCCCACAAGAUCAUGCAGGGGUCCAAAGUGAGACUCUGCAGCCUAAUUGGCGAUGACCUGGCUGGUUCGACAAUAUUAUCAUCCUUACGUGCCAGCGGGAUGGACACGUCGUGCAUUCAUCAGCUGAGCCGCCAACAGUACCCGGCCAACCGGACCGCCCAAUACGUGGCAGUCAACGAUGCUAACAAGAACCUAGUCCUCGCCAUGGCGGAUAUGGGGAUAUUCACAGCUCACUCUUUCCCGCAGCACUGGAGGUCUACGGUAAGAGGGUCGAGGCCCAAGUGGCUCGUGGUUGACGCCAAUUGGACGGAUCGCGACAUCCGGGCCUGGAUACAAGCCGGGAAGCGAAACCAGGCCCGGGUGGUCUUCGAGCCGGUGUCCAAGGAGAAGUCGUCGCGCCUGUUCUGCACGGAGAAGGACGUGGAGCGCCUGGGCGUGUUCCCGCACUCCAGCGUCGACCUGGCGACGCCGAACCACUACGAACUGGCGGCCAUGCACGCGGCGGCGCAGCGGCACGAGUACCUCGACGACUCGCGGUGGUGGGAGGUCAUCGACGCGCUCGGCAUGCGGGGCGCGCGGGACCGCUUCGUCCAGCUGACGUCGGCCAGCAUGACGGACGCCGGCAUCCCGCAGCAGGCCGUGCAGCUCCUCCCGUACAUACCGACGAUCGUCACCAAGGUGGGCAGCGGCGGCUCCCUGCUGACGAUGGCGCUGGCGAGGGACCACCCUCGCCUCGCGAGCGCGGCCCACGACAGAUUCAUCCUCUCGAGGUGCCCUAGCGGCAGCUCCGACAUCGGGGGCGUCUACAUGCGCAUGUUCCCCGCGGCGGAGCAGGUCGACGACGUGGUGUCGGUAAACGGCGUCGGCGACACCUUCCUCGGCGUGUUAGUCGCUGGCCUGGCUCAGGGCGGCCGGGUGGAAGACCUGGUCGACAUCGCUCAGAAGGCGGCGGUCCUGACGCUCCGCAGCCCCCAGUCCCGGUAUUUCUGGAUGUUCUUCGGAAUGAGCCUUCCAACAGGUGGUCGCCCGGCCGGCUAUACACCGCCCCCGCUGCAUCAUUUUAUCAAUAAUGAUCUUCUCCGUGAAACCGCUCCGUUCGAUUAUAAAAAAGCGUUCUUCGCAAAUCGUGCGAUGCCUCCGAACCGGCCGGAGGGUGACAAUGACUCCGUGUCCUCGUCCGCACAGGACGAACUCGAGUUCGCCAGCGACGAAGGAGCGUCGCACACUUACCAAGCGCAAACAAUCGACAAGGACUCGGAUGAGGAGGAACUCGAACGAUUUGUGCUCGGCGAUGCCGCAAGUUUCCGUCACAAUCUAUUUCGCGACGAAUCGAAGGCUGGCGGCGCCGGCCUCGCCCCUCGGACCGAUCGCGAGGGAGGAGAAGACGAACCCGAGUCCGAUUUAGAAGCUGUGGACGAUGCGGAUCUCUUUGCCUUCGACCUCCAAGGCGCUGCAUCCAAGGGAUACGAGGAAUCUGCCGUGGUGUCCGCCGCGAAGAGUCGGGAAAUCGCGGAGAAGGACAAGCCCGCAUGGGAAGAUAGCGACGACGAGCGUUUGACUGUGUCGCUAGCCAGUCUCAGCCAGCUACGGAGGCUGCGGGUCAGCGAGGCAGACGAUGUCGUAAACGGCGCUGAGUAUACGAGGCGGCUACGGCAGGAAUACCUGCGGCUAAAUCCUUACCCCGGGUGGGCACGAGAGGCCGACGAGCGCCCCGCGAAGCGUCGACGGCGGUCCUCUGCGACGACGAGCGACUCGGAGGUAUCUAGUGAAGAGGCAAGUGACGACGACCAUAUCGAAGUGUCUGCGUUGCCAUUGGACGCUCUUCUUCGGGAUGCCAAGAGAUUGCAAAGUCGCAAGACAGGAAAGACAAAAAAGCUUCGCCCGGAAGUCAUCGAUAUUCAAAGAUCACGAGACAUCCCCGAUACACACAAGGCUGCCGUUACGUCUCUCGCCUUCCAUCCCAAAUACCCCGUCCUCCUAUCUACCAGCGUGUCCUCGGUACUGUACUUGCAUCACAUAGACCCGACAGCUCAUCCGAGGCCGAACCCCCUCUUGACUUCCGUCCAGGUCAAGCAGGUGCCUAUCCAGAGAGCCGAAUUCUUACGCCCUGUCGGCGACAUGAUUUUUUUUGCUGGGCGGCGGCGAUACAUCCACUCCUGGGACCUAGCGACGGGAACUGUACAAAAAACUCACAGGAUACAAGGCCAUCAGCUGGAACAGAAGACAUGGGAACAUUUCAAACUCAGCCCCUGCGGAAAAUACCUAGGCCUAGUUGCUUCGACAAGAAAAGGCGGCGGCAUCAUCAAUAUCUUGAGCGCCGACACCAUGCAAUGGAUCGCUGCUGCAAGACUGGACAGCAGAGGCGGGAUCGCAGAUUUCUGCUGGUGGAGUAACGGGCGCGGUCUUACCAUCCUAGGCCAGAAUGGUCAGGUCGGCGAAUGGAACAUGGAGACGAGGCGCUUUCUAGCGAUAUGGAACGAUGAGGGUUCCAACAGCGGAACGGUGAUAGCGCUCGGUGGUCUCGAUGGUCCUGUCCUUCUCGGAAACGAUCGCUGGGUAGCGAUCGGGUCGAGUAGCGGCGUGGCUAACAUAUAUGACCGGAACGCCUUAAUCUUACCCUCAGAAGACGACGAAAUAAAGAUCGAAGAGCGACCGACGCCUAUCCGGAGACUCAUGCAGCUCACGACGGCGGUGACGGUGCUGACCUUCAGCCCCGACGGACAACUGCUGGCGUUCGGCAGCAAGCAUAAAAAGGACGCCUUGAAACUCGCACACCUGCCAAGCUGCACAGUCUACAGGAACUGGCCGACAGAGCAGACGCCGCUCGGUAGAAUCUCAGAGGUAGCAUUCGGGAGGAAGAGCGACUUGCUGGCUAUUGGCAACGACUCGGGCACAAUUAGACUAUGGGAGAUCCGACACUAG